UCAUAUUCCAAGCAUAGUUGACUUGUAAAACCUGUAAAAUAGUGGCCAGCUUGCUUUAUUGAGGUGUGACCAAUAGAGGUCGCACUUGCCCAAAGCAAGAACUUGAACAAGAUUGUUGACUUUUGUCGCCAUGGGAACUCAACAGAAAGAGGCUAACAAGAGGUGGGACUAGGAAAAUGGCCUAUGGUGUAGCUCUUAGAGGAACCGCGGUCAGAGCUUUAUGUGGCAAAGGAAACUCUUUAAAUCUGAAUUCAAAUGGGUUGAAGAGUGUUCCUGAGUUUGUUUCCAGAUUCCCAAACCUCUCAGUCCUUCUGUUGUGCCACAACUCUAUCUCUGCCCUCCCAACCCACCUCCAGUCUCUGUGUCACCUAACAGAACUGAAUUUGGGAAAUAAUGCCCUGAGGGAGUUCCCUGUAGUUCUCAGCCACCUGGGUUCACUGAGAAAACUCUAUCUCUACCGCAACAAAAUUGAUGUGGUGUCACCUGAUGCAAUUGGUCACUUAGGAAACCUUGUUGUCCUCAAUCUCAACCACAACAACAUUCAAAGGUUACCACCAGAAAUUGGCAGGCUGAGGAAGCUUCAGCAGCUCAGUAUGCUUGAUAACAAGCUGGAGGAGCUUCCUGGUGAAGUUGGUUGUCUUAAAAAGCUAUCUGAGCUCAACCUUACCUUUAACAAUCUCUCAAGGCUACCUCGGCAGCUGUACUUUUGCAGAAACCUCAUAAAGCUGUACGUAGCCAGAAACAGGCUGACAAACCUGCCAGAGGGAAUAACAGCUCUUGUUAAACUUCGAGUUCUGGAUGUGGCUGGGAACAUGCUGUCCAUAUUUCCUAUGGAGUUCCACCUGCUGCACCUGAAGGAGCUGUACUGUGAGGAGAACUGGCUGAUUAAACUUAAACCGGUGCCAAUACUGCCGCAUCCUGAGAACCUGUCACUGAAGGAACUGGCUGCCAGGUUUGUUUUGUUAGAAGUCAGAAAGCAGUUCUCUCUGAUCAACUUGAGUCUCCCUCACUACCCAGAGCUGAAUGACCUGUUGUCCGGCAGCAACUGUUGUACAGAGUGCAAUGGCCCCUUCCUCAAUACAUGGGUGGAGUGUGUGCAUUUUGUCAAUCUGAAGAAGGACAUGAACCUGAGGAGUUGUCUCACUAUUCCAGUCCGGUCUCUCCUGUGUUCAUACAAAUGCUUCAGAGCACAAGGACCCUGCUACUAUGCCGUUGAGAGGAAAUAAAUGCAGGAAUGCUGAA